UAACAGCACCAAACAAGCAUGUCCGACCCGUUCUAAUUAUACCAAAGUGAUCCGACCUUAUUGUUGUCUGGCGCGGAACCUAGUGGGAAAUAACACUGUCUGAAACUAAUGAGAAGGACGACUGUAUUUGAAUAAGGUGUGUGCUUCUGCGUGCCACCAGCAGAGAUGAGUUACGCCAUGCAGCUGUUGAUUCACCGUGGGGAUUUCUGUCAUGGCCACACACUGAUCCCCCUGGCCCUCCGGUCCCUUCUCCGCACGCUGAGUUCUGGUCCCCGUGUGAGCCACAGCCUUCGGGAGAGCUACCAGCUGCUACAGCUUGAGCUUCCGGAUGAGGGCGAGAGUAGCCCUGCGCAGGUGAAAGAAGCCUACCUACGCAUGGCCAAGCUGUACCAUCCAGACUCGGGCGCUGCUACGGCAGACGAGGUGCUGUUUGCGCGGGUAGAGGAGGCAUACCGCGCCGUGCUGGCGCACCAGUCCCGGCUUCAGAGCUGUGGGGGUUCGAUGGAAGACGAGGAGGAGAAGGUGAAAGGCGUGGCUCCUCAGCACCGCCACUACCUGAGCUACGAGGGCGUGGGCUCUGGGACGCCUAGCCAGCGCGAGCGCCAAUACCGGCAAUUCCGAGUGGAUCGGGCGGUGGAGCAGGUCCUCGACUACCGCCAGAAGGAGCAUGAGACGGCGGCUGCAGCCGAGGGGGCGCUGGUGGAGAGGGACGUCCGCCAGCGCAGCCGGCAGAUCAAGGUCACGCAGGCAGUGGAGAGGCUGGUGGAAGACCUCAUUCAGGAAUCCAUGUCCCGGGGAGACUUCCGCAACCUGAGUGGCGCCGGGAAGCCCAUCAACAAGUUUGAGCACAACCCGUAUGCCGACCCCAUGACCCACAACCUCAACCGCAUUCUCAUCGACAACGGCUACCAGCCACCCUGGAUUGUCACGCAACGCGACAUCAGAGAGGACAUCGCGCAGAUCCGAGAGAGACUGCUGCAGGGCCGGGCGCGUCUCGUCGAUCCCAUGAACCCCAGGGAGCAUGCUCAGUGGCAGCAGCUGUGUGGGGUGGUGGCGGAUGACCUUAUGAAGCUCAAUAAAACGGUGGAUAACUUCAACCUGAUUGCGCCCAUGCUUACCAUGCAAAUGGUCCACUUCAGUUUGGAGCGUGAGAUCGACCGCGCAGAGAAAGCAGCCAUUCAAGGCAGACAGGAGAGGAAGAGGGAAAGAGUGAGGGAGUGGGAGGAGCAGAGAAGAGAAAGAGAAAGGGAGCGGGAGAAGAGAAAUCAACACUCUUGGCAAGGCGGCCUGCUGGCAUGGAUGCAGAAUUUACUAAAAUGAGCAAUGGGCCUUGAAGCAAAAUUAGAUAAAAAAGGAUAUUUCAAAUCAAACUUUUAUUUAUAAUUCAUUUACACAGGUGUCAACACACUUCGAGAGGAUAAGACAGAGGUGUUGAAUCAUUUGUAUUUUAUGUCAUUUGCAGUGUUUUUGCUACAUUGGGUUGAUUACAGUAGCAUGUUAUAACACACAGAAUAAUAGAACAAGCCACUACUACAACACGGUUACUUGACCUUACUGUAACUCAACUGUGCUUUACAAUAAUGCUACACGUGUCAGUGUCUGGACCUCAGGACACAAUGGUAAUGUUAUCGGACUACAAUAAUCCAUUUAAUGAAAUAGUUUUUAUCUACGUUUAUAAGCUAAGCGAUUCUAAUUACAUUGAUUUGUUUCUUUGCUGAAUGAAGGAAUGAAAGCAUAGAAUACUCAAUGUUCGUUAUGAAUGAGCAGUUGACUGAAACUGCUCUGAACUCAAAUAUGGGGAAACAGAAACCCCUGAAGAUUUUUUCGAACACUUCCAGUCAGAUGAAAAUCUCUUUAAAUAGGACGACUGACCGAAUGCUAAGCUACGAUGAGUGGAAGUGUGCAGUGACUUUUUCCAGUUUUGCAUUUUGCCUCCCGCAACUUCACUAAUCGAUUAUGGGUGUGUGCGCUAGAUUCUGCCUAUGAUUGCAUUACAAUAAGAGGUACUGUAACUCAAUCUCUUUCUCACUUGUCAUCGUGACUAUAAUAUGUUAUAUUAGGAUUGAGAACAUCAACACUAUUAUCUCCUCACUAUCCAUCCCAACCUAUCCUGGGAGCUGCUCCAAUGCAGCAGGGUUGCAGAUGACCAUGGGGUUCUUCCCGUUGUCUCCAAUACGUGUGUCUGCCCCAUGCAGUGCCUGUGUGACGGCCCGUGGGAGGGUGAGUCCUUUGGUCCAGUCGUGGGCAAUGUACUGGUGAUACGGAUCGUGGGAGCUCUCUAGCUUCUUGGAGCGGAUGUAGCUCAGCAUGAUACCAAACGUGAAGAAACUAAACAUACCUACCAUCAGUAGAACGUACACAAAUCCCUGAGCUUGAGCCUUAGGUAUAGCUCCGCCCACUGGGAGAACGGCAUGUUGGGUAGUGUAGUUUUGAGAGAGUACUGGGACCAGUAAACCUGUGCUGUUCAGACAUUGCUGUAGGAAGGAUAGCAGGAGAGUCUGCAGCUCUGUGCCGUUUAAGUGCAGCAUUGCUGAUCUCUGCUGGUUGUGGAAGGGAACUGCUGCUCUGUCAACUGAUGAGGGAGGAGAGCCUUGGUCAGUACGCUCGCACAAUGAGACACAAACAAAAACACACAUUGCAGAAAGUCUUAACACAGACACAGCACAGCCAAUUUGACACACACAAACACACAAACUAAUGCUGCGGAACUCACUUCUCUGUUCUCUUGCUGUGGAUAAAAAUAUUUUAUCUCUA